GUUAAGCACUAAUUCAGUUUUCUUUCUCGUAAACCAAAAACGGGGCGUUUAGCGCCUAAAAUUCGAAAUCUUUUCAGGGAUACACCGCAAUUAGGGUUAGGGUUUGGUUUCUCGGCAAGAUUGGUGUCGAUGGAAGAAGGUCCGAUGGAGAUGACGGGGCAAAUGAAGCGCAGAGAUUCAGAGGAGGAAGAGCAGGUGAUGAGUGAAGUGCACUUGGGCUGCCCACCUGGUUUCUGUGGCCCCCACAUCUCCCACUUCACCUUCUCCAUCCCACCUGGAUUUGAACAUGCUUCCCCAAAUCAAUUGAUUAGCUUGGAUGAGGAUGGUGAUCUUGUUCUUCCAAGACGCAGCAAAUUAUCAACUUCAAGUUGCAGUGUGAGCAUCCAGCAUAAUAUCACAUCGUCAAUUCCGAGUGUCGGCUUGCAGGUGUGGAGGGCAGAACUUGUGUUAUCUGAUUUUUUGCUGCAUAAGAUGUUUACAUCAUCUGAACUCGAUGGAGUUGUCUGUUUAGAACUUGGUGCUGGUACAGGGUUGGUUGGUGUAUUACUUGCACGUGUUGCGAAGACAGUGUUUAUAACAGACCGUGGGAAUGAAGUCCUUGACAACUGUGCCAAGAAUGUCGACCUUAAUUCUGAAAUGUUUAGUCAACAAGCUUCUGUUCAUGUACGUGAACUUGAUUGGAUGAAUCCAUGGCCCCCAAGAAUAGCCGUAAAAGAAUCCUCCCUGGGUGAAAGGUAUUCUUGGACCUUUUCAGAAGUUGAAGCUGCCCAGGAAGCUUCUGUGCUUGUAGCUGCAGAUGUAAUCUACAGCGAUGACCUGACAGAUGCAUUUUUCAGCACUUUAGAGAGAUUAAUGCCUCUGGGAUCAAAAAAGGUGUUAUACUUGGCGUUGGAAAAGCGUUACAAUUUCAGUCUUGACGAUCUCGCCAUUGUGGCAAAUGGUUACUUGCAUUUCCGAAGCUUUUUGCAGUUAGAGGGGGAUGGUGCAGAUUGCGAAGGCCUCGAAUGUGGUUCAGUGCCUUGCUUUGUGGGCAAAUGCAUAGACAUUACACAGGUUCCUCAGUAUGUGAAAGAGUAUGAUCGAGGAAAUGAUGUUGAGCUUUGGCAAAUCAAGUGUAACAAAAGAAAACCGAUGUAAAGUGUAAACCGUGUAAAACCUUUUCGAUAAAUGGGGAGUUUGAUACUUGUGUGACUUAGUCGAAUCCCCAACUGCCAACCCCUAAUAUUAUUGUUUAGGGAACGCAGUAGCGAUAUAUUGAAAAAUCAAGAAGGAUUACAUUCUUCUGAAAUUUGGUCCAUAGAUUUGCAAAGAACUCUAUCA